AUGGACGCGGCGCACGUCGCGGCGCUGGAGACGCACGGGGCGAUGGCGGCGCGACUGGACGCGAACGUCGCGCGCGUCAAGCGAGGCAAGGCGAACAUGUUCCUGGAUGGAUGCCCGAUCGUCUACGCGGGGGCGAUCGAGGCGACGGAGGGAAAGGUGAAGACUGGAGAUUGGGUGUGCGUGACGGAUCACGCGAAGGCGCCGAUAUGCGUGGGAUUUUAUAACGAGACGAGCUCGUACGCGGUGCGCGCGCUGGCGAUGUGUUGGGAAGAAGAGAGCGUGGACGGUGAUGUGGUGAUCGCGCGUCGAAUUCGCGAGGCGUACGAACUGAGAGUGAGUUUAGGUUUGGUUGGGAACGAGCGAACGACGUGUUAUCGGUUGUUGAACUCGGAGGGUGAUCGUUGCAGCGGUCUGAACGCCGACGUGUACGGAGACAUCGUCGUCGCCUCGAGCACGGCGGCUUGGGCGGAACGCCGACGCGAUGUCAUCCUUCGAUCGAUCGCAGAUGUGGUCGGUGAGAACACCAAGGUGGUUUGGAGGCGAGACCAGAAGAUGUACGAGCAAGAGGGUGAGCCUUGGAACGGGGAGAGCGUGAGUUAUUACCACGCCGCGACGGGUGAGGAAAUCGCUGAGGGCGUCCCGAGCGAGGUUCACGUCGUCGAAAACGGCGUCAAGUACGUCGUCGAUAUGGCUGGUGGGCACAAAACAGGAUUUUACGUCGAUCAGCGUGAUAACCGUGCCGCCUUGCGGGAGAUGGUUCGAGGUAAGAGAGUCUUGGACGUGUGCUGUUACACGGGCGGUUUCGCUCUGAGCGCCGCGCUCGGCGGUGCCGCGAGCGUCACGGCGGUCGACAGCUCCGAGUCCGCGCUCGCGGUCGCCGCACAAAAUGCCGAGUUAAACGGUGUCGCCGACAAGAUUGAGUUCGUCCGCGCCGACGCGUUCGAUUUUAUGCAAGACGCACUGGACUCGGGCGCCGCCGGAUCGUACGACGUCGUCAUUCUCGAUCCACCGAAAUUUGCCCCAAACAAGACAGCCCUCGCCAAGGCUCUGCCGAAAUACGUCGGUUUAAACAAGCGUGCGAUGGCCUUGCUCUCCCGCGGUGGCAUCCUCGUCACCUGCUCCUGUUCGGGCGCGGUGACCCAAGACAGACUCCUUCCGAAAGUCGUCAACGAAGCCGCGCGCGCGUCCGGCCGCUUCGUCACCACGCUCUCCGUCACCGGCGCCGGUAAGGAUCAACCCAUCGAUCCAUCCUACGCCUUUGGGGAGUACCUCUCCGUCGUUACCGCGCGUAUCGCGUAG